AUGUCCGUACUCUAUGUCAAUAAGCGUAUCCGCUGUCUCGUCCCCAAGUUGCUCGUUUCCCACCUGGGGCUGAAAGUGGAAAUUAGAGACCCAGACCAAUAUCUAGAAGAAUGGUCCAAGAAUUUCCCUCUCAGGAAGGUUCCCUGUCUUAUCACUGCUACAGGAGCCAAAUUGACUGAAGUUAUACCCAUUAUGAUUUACUUGUUAAAGACCUCUCCAGACUAUAAAACAAGAGAAAGGUUACUACACACCUCUGAUCUCUCUAAACAUACACUUAUUUUAAUGUACUUAUCACUUGCAAACACAGAUUUCUGUAUUAAUAUGGCUACAAUGCUAACCCAGAUUAAAGGUGAAAAGCCAUAUGACAAGAAUUCUUUUGAAGAAGCCUCUAAAAAUUUGGAUGCUAUUACCGACGUUUAUGAGAAAAGGUUAUCGAAUAUAAAUUAUUUGGCCGAGACUGAAGAAGCCACUCUAGCGGACCUAUUCACGGCGGCAAUUUUUAGGAGGUGCUUUGAAUUUUUUUAUGGAGCAGAAUGGCGCAAUAAUCACCCAGCGAUUACGAAAUGGUUCUACGAUGUUAUAGAGUUGCCUAUUAUGUCGCCCUACUAUCAAGAUUUUAAAGCGUGUGACAUUGCUAUGGCAGUCCCCGCUAUUUCGGACGGAAGUAAGCCGGAAAAAAAACGUUAA